GGAUUGGAAUGACAGAUCAUUUCAAGUCUCUGUAACUCUAUUCCCCUUCUGUGGUCCUGGUACAAUCAUUCAGCUCAGCCUGAACUUAUACAAGAACUGCUGCUUCCUCACUAUUAUUCAAUAUUAUUAGUGUCUAGAAACUAUGAAGACAGAACACAUUUUAAAUGAGGGGUCUCCUCAUGAUGCAGAAGCAUCAAAACCAAAAAAGGGAAAUUUCAAAAGAUGUACAAUCUUGGCAAUAGCAGUUUGUUUCUUCAUGCUAACACUACUUCUUGUGUUACUGUUUUCUGUGAAGAACGUGUGGUUUCAUCUACCUGAAAAGCGGGUCUAUGAUGUUGAAUACAAAUUCUUCAGUAACGGUGAAAAGACGACAGUACGGAUGGAAAUUGAUCCACGGAACAAGAUUGAAACUUUUCUGACGGAAAAUGGUACAGAUGAAGCUGUGGAAAUCCACGACUUUAAAAAUGGUAUUACAGGAAUCUUCUUUACUGGCCUUCAGAAAUGCUUCAUCAAGACACAGAUUAAAGAAAUCCCUGAUAAUGCUGACGCGGAGCUGGUAGAACUCGAGGAGGGCGAAAUCUCCACUGUCUACGAGGAGUCUAUGGUGUGGAUUCCUGGUGAAAAACCAAUCGAUGAUACUGAAUUUAUGAAAAAUUCCAAAAUACUCGAAGUGUGUAAGGAUGUCUCCAUACACUGGAUGUACCCAACACCUCUGACUGCUCCCGAGUUCCAAGGUUUUGAAGAUGGCAAGGAAGAUGGUGUCAUAUUAGAAAAAAAAUCCAACAGCAAUAAGAGACAGGCCAGGGACCUAACAGACGAAGAUCUUCCUAUCAACGACUAUAGUGAAGCUGGCCUUGAAUUCCACUCCAUGUGGGAUCACAGAGGGUUCUGCUGCCAUCAGUGUCGCCGUGGUCAACGCUAUUGCCAAAGAGUCUGUGAACCCCUUCUCGGAUUCUACCCAUACCCCUACUGCUACGGUUCAGGGCGUGUAAUUUGCCGGAUCAUCAUGCCUUGCAAUUGGUGGAUAGCACGGAUGUUGGGUCGAGUCUAGAACACUCAUGUAUCUUACCUAUUAUUGUAUCUGUAACUCUAACAACAAAGGGUUAUAUAUGAUAUUUUUUCAUAGUUUUAUAUCCUUUAGUAAUAUACCUUUUUUACAUUAGUUUUUUUAUGAUACUAUUUUAUAUGUAUUACCAGUAAUCGCUAUAUGAAAGCAGCUAAACACCGUGUAUUUCUCAUCAGCGAUGUUAUCCAAAAGACAUCAUUGUGCUUCAUUCUAUGUUCAAUAAAUCAGCAAUGAGGGACAAUUGUUUUCUAGAACUCUUCCAAAAUCAGGAAGCUUUGGCAUAUUGGAGUCCAUAUAUCAUGGUAGCUACUAAUUCAUUGCUUUUAAUCAGUCAUUUACAGUCAUGCCUUUUAACUCCACGCCAGAUUGAAAAUGACAUAUUCUCCAUAUAUCAUACUCGUUACACUUACACAUACAGUAAACUCUAUCUGAAAUUCCCCGGAUUAUUUGCCAAAAAUGAAAUAAAAAUGAAGAAUGUAUGGUAGGGAGACGUGAAAAAAAUAAUUUAAGAUUUAACAAGUAUUCCCCAAAUUUUCUCCUUGAUUGCGCCUUUUAUAAUGGGAACAAAAAAAGUCCUAUAUGAUUAUCAUAUUGUCUAAUUAAGAUGCCAAAAGCAAUUUCAAACCAAUUUUUGUCGCACAUAAAAAAACACAAAUAGCAGCAUAUCGGGUAAAAAAAAGUCCAUUAGAUAUACUACUUACACGUGUGAUGGGCAAACACGGUUAUAAUACACGCCUGCAACAUACAAG